AGUUGCAGUUUGUGUCUCGCGCGCGACGGUUCGUUAGCGGUGAAAUAGUGUUGUUCUGCUUUGCGCCGCUCUGUCGAUUGCUUAGCACCGAAACAGUGAAUAGACUCGACACACCGGCGUCCGGCUGUGUGUGUGUGUGUAGGCUUGUGGUCGGCGUUCGUUUGGCAAACGACCACUGACGUUGGCUUGUGUUUGGUUCGCUUCACCAAAGUGCAGUGCGAUUUUCUUAGUGCAAAUUCGGCGGUGUAGCAGCAGUACGCUUACCGGCGACCGGUCGCAGUUGUCUGUCGCGGUCGUUACAAGUGCGUUGGAUGCGUCGGUGAAUCGGGCGCUAAGUUGCGUGCCCGCACAGUGAUUGAUUGACGUCUGUCAGAUACAGUUGCAAUCGCAUGUUGCUGACAUUGCCCGAGCAAUACGCUUCAUUACGUCGCACUCACAUUGAGAAGUGAAUGGGCGGCGCUGCGCGGUGUAUUCAUAAGUGUAUUAUAAUAUUAAAAUAGCGCAGCAAAAUUAAGUGCAAUAAAAUUACGCAUAUACAUACAUGCAAACUGAUAUUAGUUUUUUAUGAGGAGUGCAAAGCGCUUUGGUGUUUGUGCAAAAAGUCCAGCUUUUUACGAUGCAUUAAACAACUCAGUAAACACUAAAGUAAUUAAAUAAAAAAAUUUUUGCGAAUGAAAAAUCGAAUGAAGUUGAAAAAGUCGGCGAUUAGCUAACAAAACAAAAAAUCUGACAUAAAAUAUAACACAUUAAAUACACACACAUAAAUAAUAAUCGGAAAAUGCAUUAAAACACGAAAAACAUCAUAAUUGUGUAGCCGUAUAAAUAAAUUUAUGAAUAUUUUCCAACCUAAAAUAGUGCUAAAAAAUUAGUAAAAUACAAAAAAACGUAACAAAAUUAUUUCAUAAUACUAAUAAAAACCACAGUUUUCAAAAACAUAUGCUUUUAAGCAUUAGCUCUAAAGUGCUGCGAUAAAAGUGCAACAAAUAAACAACUAAAAAAUUAAUGUUGUCAUAAAUCAGCGAAAAAAAAUGUUUCUGCCUCGCAGCGAAAAUGAUACAGUCGAAGAAAGCAUUAAAAAAAGCAUGAUUAAUGUGAGUUUAAUCAAAAUAGUUGUGGCGAAAUAAAUGAGAAUUAAGUGAAACCAUAAUCAAAAAAAGCAUAAAUAAUACACACACACAUAUAUAGAAAUCAUAAUUUAUCAUAAAUGAGUGCUAUAAUUUAUUAAGCGAAGCGAGUAUGUGUCUAAAAAACGUUUGUAAAAGCGAAUGAUCAGUAAGUGAGUAUGUUUAUUAGUAUCUAAUGCGAGAGUAACAGCAAUCGAACGGUGUGCAUGUGUAAGUGUGUAUAAUUUAACAGAAGUUCAGCGAAAAGCAGCAAGAUGAAUUGCCUCUGCCGCCCGUCGCGGAUUAUGUCCGUGCGCAUCAAUCUGCUGGACGAAACGGAUUUCUUACACGAAAUCAAGGAUGAUUUACCGGGCCAAGCAUUGUUGGAUGUUGUUUUCGCCAGACUUAAUUUAAUCGAAACUUCAUAUUUCGGCAUACGCUAUAUUGACGAGGAGAAUCAGACGCACUGGCUGGAUCCAGCGUCUCGUAUAUCACGACAACUCAAACCCAAGUCAGAUCCCUAUGAUUUGUAUUUUGGUGUUAAGUUCUAUGCGGCUGAUCCGUGUAAGUUACUCGAGGAAAUUACGAGGUAUCAACUGUUUCUACAAGUGAAGCAAGAUGUCUUACAAGGCAGAUUACCGGUCGCUUUCGAGUUGGCUGCAGAGUUGGGUGCAUUUGUUGUGCAAUCCGAAUUGGGGGAUUAUGAUCAGCGCCGUCACUCCAAAGGCUAUGUGUCCGAGUUUCGUUUACUGCCGAAUCAGAGCAGUGAACUGGAAACACGUGUCGCCGAACUUCAUCAGCAAUUAAUGGGCAUGUCACCAGCGACAGCGGAGCUAAAUUAUUUAGACAAAGUUAAAUGGCACGAUAUGUACGGCGUGGAUUUGCAUCCGGUGUUGGGCGAGGACAGCGUCGAGUACUUUCUGGGUCUGACGCCAAGUGGCAUUGUGGUGCUGCGGAAUAAGACGACAGUGGCUCAUUACUAUUGGCCGCGCAUUGCCAAAGUUUACUACAAAGGACGCUAUUUUAUGCUGCGGAUAAGCGAUAAAAAUAACGAGCUCAGCACCUACGGCUUUGAGACGCCGCGAAAAACGGCUUGCAAGCACUUAUGGCGCUGCUGUGUGGAGCAUCACGCUUUCUUUCGCAUGGUGCGCAUCGCUCCUUUGCCGAAUUCGCAAUCGAAUAAUUCGGAUUUAUUUCAACUCGGUUCGCGUUUACGCUACAGCAGUCGCACGGAGAAGCAGCCCUCGGCCAAGGAUGCACUCUCGCUGGGCCGCAUACAGCCGGCAUUCACACGUGUCCCCUCGAAACGCCAGCCAAGACGAGUGAUUGAUGACUUUCUGCACGGCAGUAGAAGCACCAGCAACACCCUGAAAGGCAAAACGGUCGGCGGUCACACCAAUGGCGGUAUCGGCAACAGCGUCACUGACAGCAGCGUCUACCAGAACAGCGACGGCGGUGUUGGCGCGGGCAUGCAAGCGACCAACAUGAUGCCCAACAACUUCGAGAGUCCCUACCGCUCCACCUACAGCAUACCAACGAGCCUCGGCAUACGUCCCUACCAUCAGCAAUCCCAGUUGGGCAACAACGGCGGUGGCAGCGUUUGCAACAGUAAUUUGCAAACACCUGAUUCGCCGCGCAGCACGCGCAGCGCUCCAUGGCCACGUUCUCAACAGCGUUCACUAUUCGGCAAUAAUCCAUCAAGUCCGCGCUCGGUGCGUUCAGCGAUUGCAGGCGGUGGCAGUGGUGGUGGUAGCGGUUCGCAUCAUCACCAUCAACACCAUCACCACCAGUCGGGAUCAUCACAGCAUAGGCAUUCGUCGCGUUCAGCGCAUCGCGAUCACGUAUCUUCAUCCUCGACAUCUGCUCAUCAGCAGCGUUAUCGUUCGAGUUCGGUGGAGAGUCAUUCAUCAAACGAUUCACGUUCGACGCGCAGGCAUAAGCAUCGCCAUCGGCGUACCUCCGAUAAUGAGAGUGAAUUAUCACGUGGAUCUGGUCGUUCAGGUCGUUCGCAUCAUCGCAAGCGUCGUCGUUCGCGUCACCGUCGUGACUCUGCCGGUUCGGAGCAUGAGAGCACGCGCGGUCGCAGUUAUUCGGGCCACCGUUCGUCAUCGGUGCGCAGCGGUUCAGCGGAGUUAAUCGAUUCCACAUUACAGUGGCGCGAAGUUCAACGCCGCCAGGCUGAGGCUAGUAUGGGUCAAAGUUCCGUACAACAGGCAUCAGUAUCGAAGAGUAGUGUGGUGGCGCGCAGCAUGCACAGCAACGAUAGUCAUUCGGAUACGCAUUCGCAUCACAAAUCACGACGACAUCGGAAGAACAAAUCUCCCUCCGAUUCGCGCAAUCGCAUUUGGUCUAGUGAACUAGCGAAACAUUUGCAAUUCGGUCUAGUCGAUACAGCCGGCAUGACUGAAGAUCAGUUACGCGAAAUACCCUACACAGUCGUGGAGACGAAUUCCAAGCGUUCCACAAUGAAUAUGAAGAUCCACAAGAGCGGCAGUAAGGGUAGCGUGGGUGGCAAAAGCACUGGCUCGGCUAAUACGAUAACAAACGGCAGCGGUUCAACAAGUGGACAAGGCAAAAAUCGUGUGGAUCGCAUUAGAGGAAAAUGUGAAUCUGGUCAACCUAAUCUCAACAAUGAUCGUAUCAGAUUGUAUUUCCAAAGUUCGAAUGUGACUGAUAAUACGAGUGGCCGAAAUGGAUCUAUACGCUCCGCCAGCACAAUAUCUUCGAGAGAAUGUGAACGGAAUAGCGGCUUAGUAAGAAUGAUGUCCAGCAUGAGUAUGGGCGACUUUAUCUCACCGACAGGCUCCAAUCUCAGCCCACUAGAGAAUUCAGCGUUGCGUGUGUCACACGAACACACCGAUUCCGGAUUAGGAGCCGAUCAAGACUACGCCUAUUCUUCCGAGAGAUCUAGCGACAGCACACGCUAUGGAACUAAUAAAUCUUCGGGUGCCUCCAGCGGCAGCCAUCGCAAGUCCAUUGGCGGCGGUGGAGGAGGCGGAGGCGGCGGCAAUGGCACAACCACAUACAACAGCUUAAUGCAACAAACUGUGAGUAAUCAGCAAAUGCAACACCAACAACAACAACAACAGGCUACGCCACGCCAAACUUCAUGCUUUGCACAACGCCAACAACAACAACAGCCAUCACAAACGAAACCCAUUUACAAUAACCCCAACUCCAACCAUCAAAUGGGUAAAUCGUUGGCGCCCAUACACACCUCAUCAACCAACUCCCAUGGUCCUACGUCCCUUGCUUCCGCCCAUCAUUCGGCCACUAACCUUACUAACGCUAAUGAGAAAUGCGCCUCAAAAGCCACACACUCAAGUGCAACCAACAACAACAACAACAACAGUGGUGUUGGCAAUCGUCUACUGAACUACACCACAUUCGAGAAUAAUCAAUACAAAUUCAGUUUGAAUAAUGUUUUUGGCAAAUCGACUGGUGCGUCAGCCGGCAACGGUCAUAACGGCAGUAGUGGUAACGGUAGUAGCGGUAAUAUUACAGGUGCUCAUAGUGGUGGUGGUUGUAGUAGUGUUGAUAAUGCUUAUGGUUGUGGUAGUAAUUUAAGUUCUAGCACCAAUCGCAUGGAUAGCUUCGUCGAAUGGCCGAAUACGCCUGCAGCGCCCUACUACUAUCAGGGUCCAUCGUCGGUCGCCGGUUUACACAUUAAGAAGCGCGACGCCAAGUCGGAUAUAGGCGUGCCGACAAGGCGACUCUCCGGGCAAGCUAUCACCAAAACACAGCUACUCACCGGUCAGAUGCCCACCUCCAACUGCUAUCACACACCGAUGCCCGCACACACCGCUGGCAUGGGUGGCUUCGAUGCUCGUCUUCAUCCAGCCAAGUCGGAUCUAUUUCUCUCCUACAUACAUCAUGGUGCUGGUGGCAGCACUGUCGAGUAUGAGCGUCCCUACAUCUACAACUAUAAAAUGCCGCAAAUGCCCGAUUUUCUACGUGGCACUGGGCAAGCGCAGCCGCAGCAGCAACUACAACAUGCGCCAUCGGAGAUGCAUCCACAAAUGUCAGCUUAUCACAUUUCGGGCGCUCAAACCGCCGAUCCGCCACCACCGCAGCAAGCGCUUUACAAAUCAUCAUUCGGCGGUAGCAGCGGUACGGGUGGUGUUGAGAGCGCUAUGCUUUUUGGUGGCGCUACACCUGCCACCGAUGUGCUCUACUACCAAUUCGAUAACGGUAAGCCGCCCAUUGUACAACAGCCGAAAUCUUUGUUGCACAAGACCGCAAACAAUAGCGCUAGUGGUGGAGGCGGCGCCGGCGGUAGUGUUGUCGGUCCAUUGGUAUUCCUGCAACAUGCCACAUCAACGUCAGCAUCAACAUCAGUGCAGCAGCCACAAACUUCCACCGGUGGUGGCAAUCAAUCCACUGCAACACCAACAAACACAACACAAUCGUCAACCUGCAGCGAAGGCAGCAUCGACGAGCACAACGAAGAUGAGCUCGAAGACGUGCAAGAAGUCGAGGAGGAAAACAUGGAGGAGCUCUAUGCUGAGGACGAGGAAGUAGUGAAGAAGAAAGAUGCUUACAACGUUGAACUUACGCGAAAUGAUGAGUGGCUGGCAAUAUCGCCCGCCGAUAGUGCCAGCGGCAACAACAACUACAGCUGUAACGCAGCAGACUCCAUAGAGGCUACCGACAACGCAGACGAUUCCCUAGCGGCCAAUUACAAUCUCGAUAAUUGCAAUGCCAACACCAAUAUCAAUUCCAAUAGCAAUGGCUGUGCCGGCAAUUUAUUUUAUAAUACCAAUAUUAAUGUGAAUGCCAACACCAAUCCCUGCACAAGUAGCAACAACACAUCCCCAACCAAUUGUAGUGCCCCGAAUGUUAAUGCAACGCCUAAUCGCAAUCGAUGUAACAUUUCGCAAAUGAAUCAAAAUCAGAAUCACAGCCACAAUCUUAAUCAGAAUCUGAGUCAAAAUCAAAAUCAAAAUCAAUAUUUGGUUCACAAUUCGAAUUCGAAUCUAAAUUCGUUAGCACAAAACCGCAACCCAAAUUAUAUGCCAAAUUCCAAUACGAAUGCGAAUGUGAGCACAAUUCACAACCAAAUGAAUCCAAGUAUUUCCUCCAGUCUAGAGAUAAUACUCUCACCUAUAAUACAAAGUAGUCGACGGUAAGUUGUUUGAAAAUUACUUAAAUUAUUUUUAAAUUUUUAUCAAAGUAGUCUAUUUUAUAUUAUAUGGUAUACGAUAUAAGUCCCAAUGGUUGCGAUGUGGUUAUUUACGUUUUAUUAAAUGUUUCAGUGAAUAUCCUAAACAAAGAGGGUUCAGUAUUAUAUAAAAUUUUUUUUUUAUUAUAUAAAAUUAACCUUCACUGUUAUGUUUUCUAUUGAGCCGCAGUUAAAGUAUACGAAAUUUGAAGAGU